AGUAAUUUUAGGAAAAUGUUAAGACUUAAUAUUUUAAAGCAAUUACCACGAAUUACUCUAGUUUCAUACGGUAAACAUGCAACAGUGACUUCAAUGCAAUGUUGCGACACAAAUAAACUAACUCAAAGUGCAACACAACUUCCUUUUAAUGCGACAACAAGAAAUGUUUUCAUUUCAUGCCGUUUGGAGAAAUACAAUCGCAAGUCGGGUGCGAAAGACGCAGAAUCAGAUAGUGAAGAUGAAGCAGGACCAGAAUUUAAAGAUGAAAGAGAUUCAAAGGUGGUGAAAACCAAAGUAAAUUCAUUAAGAGCCGAUUUAUUGUUGAAAGCCGGUCUGGGUAUAGCAAGGAACAAAAUAGAAAAUAUCUUUUAUGAAAGUAGAAUUCGCAUUAAUGGCAAAAAGUUGGCCAAGAAAAGUGUGCAGCUCAACGAAGGUGAUGAAAUUGAUGUUAUUCGUGGCUUUAGCCAACAAAAUCCUUCCCAUUUGGUGGUUUCACGUGUGGUUAUUUUAUCGUCCUCUGAGCGGGAAGAGGGUUAUAGUGUAAAUCUGAGACGUUAUAAAAGUUUAUUAGUUGAAAAUUAUGCUGGCGUUAAUGCCUUUAAAUCAUCUGCAGUUUCUGAUCAUUAAAUCUUAUAUAUAAAUACGCCAA